AUGACUUUUACUUGGAGCUCAUAUUUUGCCGCUUCUAAAAUAUGGUUUUACUCGUUGUUCUGGGGACUGCAUAUUGCCAUAUUUGCAGUGGGCUGGUAUUUACAAGCCACGGACAAGAAGCUAGAUGCCCUCAAUACUCUGCGGUAUUCUGUCUGGAUAUCAAGAGGCGCUGGUCUCGUUCUAUCUUGCGAUGCCACCCUUCUCUUGCUGCCUAUGUGCAGGAACGUCGUCAAGAAUCUAAGACCCCGAGUUCGAUGGUUGCCGUUGGAUGAAACGGUAUGGUUCCAUCGUCAAGUAGCCUAUGCUCUCCUUAUCUUCACCAUAAUCCAUACGGCUGCUCAUUACGUGAACUUUUACAACGUUGAAAAAGACCAUAUCCGACCCGUGCUGGCCGUGCAGAUUCAUUAUACCGAGGCUGGUGGGAUAACAGGCCAUGUGAUGCUUCUCUGCAUGAUGCUCAUGUACACGACCGCUCAUCAACGAAUCCGACAGCAGUCUUUUGAGACAUUUUGGUACACGCACCAUCUGUUUAUACCGUUCUUCCUGGCCUUAUAUACGCAUGCGACGGGCUGCUUCGUUCGAGAUACUGCAGAACCUAUUUCACCUUUCGCGGGGUCCAGGUUUUGGAACCACUGCUUAGGAUACGAAGGCUGGAGGUGGGAGCUAGUCGCUGGCGGCUUGUACAUGCUCGAGAGGCUGUAUCGUGAGAUUCGAGCGAGACGCAAAACUGUAAUCCUGAAGGUUGUCCGUCAUCCAUAUGACGCGAUGGAGAUCCAAUUCCGCAAAGACAGCAUGAGAUAUAAGGCAGGGCAAUGGCUUUUCAUCCAGGCUCCCGACGUAUCCAGCAAUCAAUGGCAUCCGUUUACCAUCACGUCCUGUCCAUUCGACCCAUACAUCAGCAUCCACGUUCGCCAAGUCGGGGAUUUCACUCGCGCCCUAGGCGAUGCACUAGGAUGCGGACCAGCACAAGCGAGAGAUCUGGAAGGCCUUGACCCUAUGGGGAUGUACGAAGUUGCCCUCCAUAACGGACAAAGGAUGCCCAGGCUCCGUGUCGACGGUCCAUACGGAGCUCCAGCCGAAGACGUCUUCGAAAACGAAGUGGCCGUCCUCAUCGGAACUGGCAUCGGUGUCACACCAUGGGCCUCUAUCCUAAAGAACAUCUGGCAUCAACGGACCGAUGCUAAAUUAGCUCGUCGUCUCCGUCGUGUCGAAUUUAUCUGGGUCUGCAGGGACACUUCGUCUUUCGAAUGGUUUCAAGCCUUACUAUCCUCUCUAGAAUCCCAGUCUGCCGCCGAAGCAGAAUUCAACGGCAAGGCCGAAUUUUUACGAAUCCACACAUACCUUACCCAACGGCUUGACGACGACACAGCCGCCAAUAUCUACCUCAACUCGGUCGGACAGGCCGUCGAUCCAUUGACCGAGUUACGAAGCAGAACGAAUUUCGGUCGUCCUGACUUCAAACGCCUUUUCACUGCCAUGCGUGAUGGUCUCCAGGAACAAACAUACCUGUCCGGCGUGCAUGGAAAUUCAACUACCGAAAUCGGUGUCUACUUCUGUGGUCCAAAUGCUGCUGCCAGACAAAUCAAAGACGCAACCAUAUCGACCUCAACAAGGGACAUCAAGUUCAAGUUCUGGAAGGAACACUUCUAG